UUUGACAAGCAUGUUUUUAUGACUGAGAAAAUGUUAGUAUGUUUUUUAAACAGCCGUCUGAGGGUUGAAUAAGAGAUGAGCUCUGCUGUAAAGAGGUUCAACACUCAGCAUCUCUCUGCUCUUCCUGGAAUCAACCUCAACCUGAUAACCUAGUUCUUCUUCCUGCCCUACAACCACAGCAGCUCCACUCCGUCCACACGUUUCCUGGUUCCUCCCCUUCAGAUCUGCACUCUGAAGACAGCUAAAAGAGCUGACAGGCAACAUUCACUGCAGGAACCCAUGAUUUAUAGAUCAGAGCUCAGACUAGUUUCAGGUACGAGGAAAUCAAACUCAAACGGUCUGUGUGACCGAGAGGAGAAAUGGCGCAGCAACAAAAUCAGCUGGAUUCAGAGAAACUCACUUGUUCCAUCUGUAUGGAUCUACUAAAGGAUCCAGUCACUACUUCCUGCGGACACAGCUACUGCAGGGACUGUAUUAAAACAUGUUGGGAUGGAGGGGAUGGAGAGGAUGGUAAGAGAAUCUACUGCUGCCCUCAGUGCGCAAAGAUGUUCACACUGAAGCCUGACCUGGAGAAAAAUGUCAUGUUGGCAGAAUUAGUGGAGGAGCUGGAGAAGACUGGACUCCAAGCUGCUGCUGCUGAUCACUGCUAUGCUGGAGCUGAAGAUGUGUCCUGUGAUGCCUGCACUGGGAGGAAGAUGAAGGCUGUCAAGUCCUGUCUGGUCUGUUUGGCUUCUUAUUGUGACAACCACCUCCAACCUCACUAUGAUGUGGCUCAACUGAAGAAACACCAGCUGGUGGAGCCCUCCGACAACCUCCAGGAGAACAUCUGCUCUCUUCAUGAUGAGGUGAAGAAGGUUUUUUGUCCCACUGAUCAGCAGUUGAUCUGUUUUCCUUGCACAACGGAUGACCAUGAAGGACAUGAAACAGUCCCAGCUGCAGCAGAAAGGACGAAGAAGCAGGAGGUGCUGGAGGCCAUCAAAGUCUCAGCGGAUAAAACAGUGGAGGACAGUGAGAAGAUGUUCACCCAGAUGAUCCAUCUCAUCCAGAAAAGAAUCUCUGAUGUGAAGCAGCAGAUCAGAUCCCAGCAGGAGACUGAAGUGAGUCGAGUCGAAGAGCUUGAGGAGAAGCUGGAGCAGGAGAUCAGAGAGCUGGAGAGGAAAGAGGCUGAGCUGAAGCAGCUCUCAGAUACAAGAGAUCACAGCCAGUUUCUCCACAGCUACCCCUCAGUGUCAGCACUCAGUGAGUCCACACACGCAUCCAGCAUGAACGUCCGUCCUCGGAGACACUUUGAGGACGUGACAGCAGCUGUGAAAGAGCUCAGAGAUGAAAUGCAGGACAUUCUGAGGGACAAGCGGACAAACAUCUCACUGACAAUCACUGAAGUGGAUGUUCUUCUGCCAGAACCAGAACCAAAGACCAGAGAUGAGUUCUUAAAAUAUUCAAGAGAGAUCACCCUGGAUCCAAACACAGCACACAGAGAUCUGAAAUUAACUAAAGGAGACAGAAAAGUGAAAGUAGUGGAUGAAGGACAUUAUCCUCAUCAUCCAGACAGAUUCACGAGAUGUUGUCAGGUCCUGAGUAAAGAGAGUCUGACUGGACGUUGUUACUGGGAGGUGAAGUGGACUGGAGACGAAGUUGGUGUGUCUGUCGCAUACAAGAAAAUCUGCAAAACUGGAACCUCAGACGAAUGUGAAUUUGGACAAAAUGACAGAUCUUGGUCUUUGUAUUGUUACAGCCACGGUUAUUCAUUUUUAUACAACAACAGUCCGACUCGCAUCUCUGGUCCUCAGUCCUCCAGAAUCGGAGUUUAUCUGGAUCACGGUGCAGGUAUUCUGUCUUUCUACAGCGUCUCUGAAACCAUGACUCUCCUCUACAGAGUCCAGACCACAUUCACUGAGCCCAUACAUGCUGGAGUUCGGUUUUCCAACUAUGGCCUUGAUUUUUAUGGUGAUAGGGACACUGCAAAGUUCCUAAAACUCAAAUAGAGCAAUUCCAGUGUCUGAGGGUCGGUUCAUGUUAAGUCCUGAUUUCAGUUCAUGAUAUAGCGCUUACUUCUGUAACUGCUGCAUUAAUUAAUCGGUAGUGUCUACAGAUGCACUUUCCAUUUGCCAGACAGAUACGGACCCGUACGCGAGUCUCGCGAGUCAAGAAGCUGCUAACCACUGCAAACUGUUGAAAGGUAAGCAAAGGUUAGGGUUAGGGUUAGGUUUAGGGUCCGUACCUGUAGCACCAAUGCUACGGGUCCGUACCGCUAGCGUCUACUGGGAGUCACAUGACCAGAUCUUGCGUAUCUGAUUGGCAAAUGGCAAGUGCCGUAUCCGUAGGCCACAGGCUACGGGUACGGGUCCGUACCUCUAGCAACAACCUAAUUAAUCAGAUGAUGACAGAACUGAUUGAUUCUUCAAUGUUUUAGUCAUUUUCAAAUCUCCUUUUAGCUUCUGACAUAUUUCUUGGUUUUACUUUUCAUAUCUGACAAGAAACUGAGUGCUUUGUGGGUUUUGGAUUCAAACUGUUGAAUUGUUGAGCUGUGGGGGAUUCAAAUGUUUGUUUGUUUUAGCAUUUUCUGACAUUUUACGCUCAUAAUGAUUCACAGAGAAAAUAAUCAGCAUGAAAUAAUCGUUAAGUGAAGUCUGAUAAUCCAUAGUUUCAU